UCGCUUUCACAUUUCCGGCGUCUGCCAGCUAUGACGUUUGAAAGUGGAUCAUCCAAGACAAAUUAGAAAAUUAUGGACUUGUUUGGAGACCUGCCGGACCCGGCUGGUGAUCAGCAGAAAGUCUCAUUACAGUUGCUGUAGCUUUUUCGUGAUGCCUGAUGAUCGACCACAGUAAUUUUUUGGGAUCCAUAUUGCGCAGUCUGACUAGAGAGAUUGAAGCAAGUCAGUCAGGGACAAAACUUUCCAAGUCAUCAGAACCAGAACAACAUGUGGCUCCUGUGAUAGCUAAGCGGAAGUCAGAUGCCAUGGAUUCAGAUCCUUCACCUGAACAUGGAAAACAGAAACCACGUCUGGAGGACAGUGGACAUGUCUUUCAGCUGCGGAGCUUUGUGGCAGAUCGGAAAGGAGAAAGGGAGGAAAUGCAGGAUGCUUACAUUCAGCUGGAUGACUACUCCAAGAUGUUCAAAGAACUGCAUCCUUCCAUACACCGAUUGGCUCUAUAUGCUGUAUUUGAUGGUCAUGGUGGAUCUCGUGCAUCAAGGUUCGCAUCACAGUAUUUGCACAAAAUCCUCUGCGAUAAGUUUCCGAAGGGUGAUGUGUCUGCUGUUGAGAAGGAGAUCAAGAAAUGUUUGAUUGAAGUCUUCAAGAAACUUGAUGAGGACUUUCUGAAAGAAGCAGCUAGGCAAAAGCCAACAUGGAAAGAUGGCACAACAGCUGUGGUGGUUCUAGUGAUCAACAACACUUUGUUCAUUGCAAAUCUUGGAGACAGCAAGUCAUUACUUUGCAGGUAUAAGGAAGAUGAGAAAAAAUAUGUAGCUGUUCCAUUGACAACAGAUCACAGUCCUUCUGUAUAUGCAGAACGUAUGCGCAUACAGAAAGCAGGCGGAUUUGUGAGAGACGGGAGGGUGAUGGGAGUUUUAGAAGUAUCACGGUCAAUUGGAGAUGGCCCUUAUAAAAAUCAUGGAGUAACCUGCUUGCCUGAUAUCAAACGAUGCCAGCUGACUUCAAGUGACAGAUUUAUAAUGAUUGCCUGUGAUGGAUUGUGGAAAAGUUUCUCUAUGGAUGAAAGCAUUCAGUUUGUGAAUAAUGUCUUGCAGGAUGAAACAAUACAUGCCACUGAUAGACGAUCAGCGGAAGAAGUUCGCUAUGACACUUCUUGCUCAAGGCUUGCCAACACUGCAGUACUUCGGCUUAGUGGGGACAAUGUGACAGUUCUAAUUGUGUCUGUAAAAUAACCACUGUACAUGACCGUCAUUUUCUUUCUUCAUCAUUAUAAUGCUAUGCUCAGGCAAUCAUCCAAAUCUUUUAUAUUCUAAAGACUAUUUUCAUCAUGUACUUAAAUACAGAAAAAUGUUGUAGCUAUGUGUGCUAAAGAUUAAAAACAAAUUGGCUUUUGA